UCGUUUAUUUCUCAGGUGCGAGAUAGCCGUGUGUGCACGCGUGUAUAUGUAUGUGUGUGUGUGUACGUUCACAAUUGACAAAAAGUGCUAUUCGUUCAGGUCGACGAAUGUUACAAUUAUCGAAAAUGUUCCAACCGAAGACUAUGCAUGAGAUGAUCAUGCCACUGCUCGUGGCUAACUUUGCCCUUGGGAUCGGAAUUUGGACCAACAAACGUGGAAGGAUUCUGAAUUUCGCGUAUUCGUUCAUCUGUUUGGUGAGCUAUUGCGUUCUAAUGAGAUAUUCGAUCGAAUAUAUAUAUAUUUACUACACGCAAAAGUCAAAUCAGUUCGGCCUGAUGACAUUUCGAGCAAUGUUCUAUGCCAACAUGUGUUCCACGUUGUUUCUUGUUCCUAGUGGCUGGUUGAGGAAAAAGUAUAUGAAGAUGGCUCUAAUGCGCAUCAUGAUGUGCGAAAAAACAAUGGAGCAAAUGGGAAUACAAAAGAACUAUCGGAAAUUAUACUUGAAUCAACUUUACGCGCUCGUAUUUAUUGUGCUGACAUUUAUCAUUUUCAUUAUAAUCAGUUAUGAUGGAAUGUUCGUUAAAGAUACACCCAUGCAUGUCAAAAUCGUUCUUAUGCUUGCUAUAAAUUAUCCUAUCGCUUUACUUUACGUGAGCGAUGUGUCGUUUUUGCAGUGGAUCAGGUAUGCCAAACUCCGAUUCGAGCAGUUAAAUAAUCUGUUGCAACGUAUGUUAACUACUACCCCCGAUUCACCGCAGCACAAGAGAGUGCUCAAAAUGAAAGACGAGUGGAAUAAAACCUCCACAUCCGUAACGCAACAGGACCGUAGGUCCGAGGAAAACACCAACACUAUGAGGGCUGUCAAGCAAGUUCAUCUGGAAUUAAUCAAGGCCACUAGGUGCACGAACGAAGCAUAUGGCAUACAGAUCCUCUGCUCUAUGACGAUAUCAUUCGUGUUCAUCACUAGCCUCCUGUAUUAUGCUUAUUCGAUUUUUUGGAUGCCCCUCAGCAGAGAGAUAUUCCGACAGGAGAUGGUACCGGUCAUCGGCUGGAUUUUGUUCUACGCUUCUAAAGUCCUUAUAAUAAAUCAUAUGUGCGCUUUGGCGAGCACUGAGGCCGCAAAUACAGGUGACAUAAUCUGCGAACUGUACGAGCCAUCCACCAGUAAAGAAUUUCGCGCGGAGAUACGGGAUUUUACUUUACAACUGAUACAAAAUCCGUUGAUCUUUACGGCGUGUGGAUUUUUCAAUCUGGAUCAUACAUUUAUUCAUGGGGUUAUUGGUUCAGUCACUACGUAUCUCGUAAUUCUCAUCCAAGUCGGAGAUCUACCACAGUCAAAUCCAACAAAAAAUUCCUCCAUAAUACUUGAUGAGACAAGUCUUACUACACUUAAUACUCUUACAACUUAUUUAUAAAUGCUUAUUAAUAAAUGCAAAUAUUCGCAUAUCAUGUUUUACUGAUCUGUAAAAAUUUUAAAAUAAGAAAAUUCAU